AUGAGCAAGCGGGAGAAGUGGUACACGGUGGGCCUGCUGACGCUCACCGCGGCGAUGCUGUACGCGGAUCAGAACCUCCUGGCGCCCAACCUGAGCCAGGCGGCCGAGGAGUUCGGCUUCUCCGAGCGCGAGAAGGACGUCAAGCUCGGCGGGUGGCUCCAGCUCGCGUUCUUCGUCGUGGGUUCUCCCGCCUCGCUCGUCAUCGGCUGGCUCGCGGACAAGCCCAUCCCGCGGACGCGCCUGUUCUUCCUCACCGUCCUCAUCGGCGAAGGCCCGUGCCUCGCCACGUACUGGGUGAAGACGUACUGGCAGCUCUUCGCCGUCAGGGCCAUGACCGGCGUCGCGGUCGGCGGGUGCCUGCCGCUCCUCUUCUCCCUCUGCGGCGACCUUUUCCCGCCCGAGGAACGCGCGUACGUGGCCUCCUUCCUCACCAUCGCCACCGGCGCGGGGAUCGCGUUGGGGCAGAUCAUGGCGGGAACGGUCGGGCCGACGUACGGGUGGAGGCUGCCCUUCCUGCUCGCGGCGGCGCCCGCGAUAUGCCUCGCGGGGAUCCUCUACGCGACGGUUAAAGAACCACGGCGCGGGUCGCAGGAGGAGGCGGUGCGAGCGAGGAGCGAGGAGCUUCGGAGGAGCGAGAGAGGCGGACACAGGCGGGCGGCGGCCACGUACGGCAGCAUUGACCUCGCGAAGCUCCGGAGGCAGCUCAAGAUCCGGAGUAACCUCGUGAUCCUCGCGCAAGGGCUACCCGGCACCGUGCCGUGGGGUAUGCUCAACGCGUACUUCGUCGACUACCUCCACGUGCAAAAGGGACUGAGCGUCGAGGAGGGAACCGCGGCGGUGACGCUGUUCGGCCUGGGCGCCGUGAUCGGCACCGUCACCGGCGGGAUCAUCGGCCAGCGGAUAUACAACUCCCCGGGCGGCAGGUCGAGGAUCGCGCUCGUCAUGGGCGUCACCACCGCGUUGGGGUCCAUUCCGGGGUAUUACUUUCUCAACGCCGACGGGUACGGUCCGGGCGACGUGUGGCUCUACCUCUCGUGCCUUGUCGGCGGGAUCCUGGCGUCCGUCACCCCGCCCAACGUCCGCGCGGUGCUUCUCAACGUCAACCCGCCGGAGACCCGCGGGACGAUGUUCGCGUUCUACACGCAGAUCGACGACGUGGGUAAAGGCGCGGGGCCCGCGCUCGUGGCGGGUUUCAUCGUGGAAUUUGGGCGGCGAAUCGCGUUCAACAUCGCGGUCAGCGGCUGGCUCCUGUGCGGCGCCAUCCUGCUCUGCCUGUACCCGUUCGUGGACAGGGACGUGGAGAAUGCGCAGGAGGCUGUGCGGGAGGAGUUGGACGCGGAGGAGGCUGCGUUCAACGCGGCGACGGCGGAGGAGGGGCGAACGUGA